AUGUUGAGCCGAGGUCUUCUUCGCGCAAUUCAAAAGACAAAAGUCCAAGGCAACCCUCCUGCGGCAUCCGAUGAGGCCAAUCUACGAAUCCCCUCGAGCCGCCUUCUCAAACGAAAUGAAAGAUAUGCCAGUAUCAAAGCCUAUGUCCACCCUCAGAGCUGGAACUCAUUUUUGCAAAAGCUUCAGGUUAACGCUAAGUCAGGAUAUUCUCCUGAAACGAGGGAGAAUGUCUCGUUGACCGUGCCAACCAGAACACCGUAUUAG